AGGAAUUUAUCAGUGACCGUGUUGCUCAACCAGCAGCUGUUGGUCACCGUGACGAUGGCGAGCGGCGUAUUCAGGAUGGUCGGCAUCUUCACGGCGUCUCGGACUCAUACGAAAAAAGUCCUGAAAGAGAUGAGGAUGAAUAUCCACAGCAAGCCUCCCAGAAACCAGAUUGGACCUGGGCAAAGCUUCUUUGUGAUGUCGGUGUUUGCGGUGGUCUUGCUGAGUCCGGCUGCCUGGAUCCUUCAUCACCUGCCUGAAUAUCGCCAGAGGCUGAGGGCCUGAGCAUCAUCAUCUUCAUCAUCUUCAUCAUCUUCAUCACCUGCC